AAAGCAUAAUUUUAUUUGAAAAGACAUUCCUGCCCUCAAUGUAAACUUUUUGUCGCUGAACGGAUUCAUCAAGAAAUCAGAAUCUCAGCGCUUUUUCUUCAGGCUUCAAUGGAAGUCGUAACCGAAAACGAAGCCCCGACCCGAAUCCGACCGGGUCAAAGCAACGAAAUCGGGCGGGUACGCGGCCUCGAUUCCUCGGACAAGACAAUCUCUCGGCGCCACCUAUCGCUCUCUGUCGCCGGAGCCAUGAACGACGAAGAAACCCGCCUGCAAUUCGAAGUCCUCGGAAGAAAUCCGAUCUACGUACACAGAGAUAACGAACUCAAGAUUUUCCGGAGGUUCGAAAAGGGCGAGAUGAGAAAUGGCGACAUGCUCUGCGUUUCCGGAAAGAAUCCCGUUUGGUACUCGGUGAGAAGAAUUGAAGAUGGCGAGGAAGGUGUUCGACGAAAUGUCGCAGAGAGCGAAUUGGCUGGGGAAAUGGAGAGUGAUUUUGGGUUUAAGGGAGUUGACGAUUUGGACCAAGUGGGUUUCGAUAUUUCGUGUCUGGAUCCUGUAAAAGAAUUUGGUUUUGUGGUUGAAGGGCACGAGUUUGACACCUAUCCCAAGAAAAUGAUGCGUGAUAUGAAGAAUUGGGAUUGGUUUCUUGAGGAAGAAGGGGGAAAUGGAGAAGAUGAUGAGGGGAAGAAAGUGAAGGGAAAGAGGAAGAGAGGAGGAGAGAAUGAUGAUGAUGAUGAUGAGUGGAGUGGGGAAAGUGAAGAUGAGAGGGUGUUGAUUGACAAAUCAAAAAAGGUGGCAAGGGCAAAAUACGUGACAAGGUCCAAGGAUCAUGGCAAGCCGAGUAAGAUGAGCUCAAGAAGAACGGAGAAUAGGGUUGUUGACGAUGAAGAUGAGGACGAUGAGGAUGAGGAUGAAGAUGAAGAUGACGAGACAUUAGGGGGCUUCGUCGCGGAUGAUGAAAAUUUGGAGGAGGAGGAAGAAGGUAAGUUGGAGGAGGAAGAAGAUUUUGAAGAUGAUGAUGAGGAUGAAGAUGAAUGACACGAUCAUAUAUGAUAAUACAAGGAUUUUGAGCUCUUAGGAGUUGAAUAUCUAUUAGUUGCUUUCUAGGUGGAUUGAACAUAUUGUAGUGCGAGCUUUAACUUGUUUAUACGUUGUGAACAUCGUGUUGUACAUUUUUGUUAUAAGUUUGACCUUAUAGAGCUAGAGAUAUGUAUGUUGCAUAUGAUUUAGACAUUA